AUGGAGUUGAUGGAGGAUUUCUCCCGUCCACCACUGGUGCCGGUGAAGGGCAUCCCACUCAUCAAAUACUUUGCAGAGGCUAUUGGGCCAUUGCAGAACUUGAUAGUCUGGCCUGAUGACUUGCUUAUCAGCACAUACCCAAAGUCUGGUACUACCUGGAUGAGUGAGAUCCUGGACAUGAUCUACCAGGACGGCAAGCUAGAAAAGUGUCGCCGGGCCCCCAUCUAUGCCCGGGUGCCCUUCCUUGAGUUCAGAUGCCCAGGAGUUCCCUCAGGUCUUGAAUCUUUGGAAGAGACACCAGCCCCCAGGCUCCUUAAGACGCAUCUGCCCCUGUCCUUGCUUCCUCAGAGUCUGCUGGAUCAGAAGAUCAAGGUGAUCUAUAUUGCUCGAAAUCCAAAGGAUGUGGCUGUCUCCUACUAUAACUUCUACAACAUGGCCAAGGGGCUGUUCCCUGAUCCAGGCACCUGGGAGAGCUUCCUGGAGAACUUCAUGGAUGGGAAAGUGUCCUAUGGGUCGUGGUUCCAGCAUGUGAAGGAGUGGUGGGGGCUGACACACACUCACCCUGUUCUCUAUCUCUUCUAUGAAGACAUGAAGGAGGACCCCAAAAGGGAGAUCAAGAAGAUUCUAGAGUUUUUGGGGCACUCCCUGCCUGAGGAGACCGUGGAUCUCAUUGUUCACCACACAUCCUUCAAGAAAAUGAAGGAGAACACCAUGGCCAACUACACCACCCUCUCUUCUCACUACAUGGACCACUCUGUUUCCCCCUUCAUGAGGAAAGGCAUUGCUGGGGACUGGAAAAACACCUUCACUGUGGCCCAGAAUGAGCGCUUUGAUGUUCAGUAUGCUGAGAAGAUGACAGGGUGUGACCUCAUCUUUCGCUGGCAGGUCUGAGUGACAAUAUGACUAAUCACCCCAGAGAACUGUCGACACCACCAUAACACCUCCUUGGGGAUAAAUGAGCAUGUCUUCAACCUACCCCUCCACUACAAGUCAAGGGGAGAACCUAAGCUGCAAGACUGAAGACCAACAAAGACAAACCUUGAGUUUGAAAAGGACUGGGAGUUAGUUCAAUGUCAUCAUGCUUGGCUGGCCUGUCAGGUCCUGGUUAGAUAACAUCAAAAAGGAAAAAACAUUUUUUUUUUGCUUGUUUGUUUUUGUUUUUGUUUUUUAAUGCCACAGGCAUAGGAUUGAGAAUUUAAGGACAACCUAAAUACUCUAAAACACAAAAGGUGAGGUGUGGUGGCAGCACAUGCCUGUAAUUCCAGCACAGAGAGGCAGAGGCAGGGAGAUCUCUGUCUGAGAAAACAUAAGGGGUUCCAGGCCAGCCAGAGCCCCACAGUGGUACCUGAUUAAAAAUAAGUGCACACUUGUAACCCCAGCACUUUGAGAUAGAGACAGGAGAACCAUAUAGAUGUUCAGGGUCAUUCUGCUCCACUACAGAGCAAAUUCCAGGCCAGCCUUGGCUCCUCACAGCCUGUAUCCACGUGAGGAAAAAGAGGAGGAGGAGUGCGGCCAGGACGUGGGCUCCACAGCAGUCA